AUGGCGAAGAACCAUUUCCAGCCGUCGGAAGAUCCACCGAUGGCUUCUUCAAGCGACGAUGACGAAGUGGAGACGGAGGUAGAAGAAGAAGAACAAAAACCCGACUCUUCGCCCGAAGAAGACAAAGCCAAUAAUGUCAUCGAAAUUUCCUCCGAUUCUGGAUCGGACUCUGAAACCGAGACCGUCGUGGCUCAACCGUCAGCUCCUUCAGGUUCACGGAGGACGAAGCGACCGAGACUCGAAGAGACCUCAAUACCCAUGAAGGCCAAAAGAGCCAAGACAGAUGGUAAAAAGACAAAAAAGCCCUAUUCUCAAACCUUGAUUGAAGAAGACGAGAUCGUUAUCCUGCAAGGAGUGAUUGAUUUCAAACUUGAUAAAGGGAAGAGUUUCUACGAAGAUCAAAAGGGGUUUUAUGAUUUCGUCAAGAGAUCUCUCAACAUUGAUCUAAGUCUUCAUCAGUUAACAGAAAAAGUUAAGAGCUUGAAGAUGAAGUAUAUGGGAAAAUGGAACAAUGGUGUAGGAUCGACUUUACCUGAUGCUCACGAUCGGAAAUGUUUUGCAUUGGCCAAGGUUAUAUGGGGUUUAGAUGGAAUGGCUCUUGAAUCAAAGAAGAGUGAGAAGAUUCAUGAAGGGGAUUGGUUCGACAAGUCUUUUCUUAUUGAAGCAAUGGCCAGUUUUGGUGUGAGUGAAGAUUCAGUGAAAGAAAGAUGGAGCAUUCUACCAAUGGAGACCAAGAAGAGAAUGGAAGAGAAAUGGAAAGUAUUGCAGGCCAAAGAAAUCGAGUUGUUGCUGCAAAAGACAUACUUUAUGUAUGAUGUGAUCUUUGCCAUGGCUGCAAUUUCAAGCCCAUAG